UUAUACUAUAUAAACGAAGAAUUUUAAAGAAUUUAAUCCAAUGUGUUGACGUGUCAUAUCAGCUUCUUUAUUUAUUUUAUUUUAUUAUUAUUAUUAUUUUUUUUGAAAAAUUGCAAGUCGGCUUGCACGUGUUGGUGUUGGUGGUUCAUAGAUUAUUAGCCUAACCUGUACUAUAUUUAAAUUAGCCACUUUUUUGAAAAUAGCUUAUUUUAAUUUUGACUCAUAUUAUGACUUAAAAUUCGGUCCAAUUAUCAUAAAUUUGUACUGGUUUAACCAGAAACUAAUAUAAAAACUGUUCAAAAUAAAAUAAAAUAAAAUCAUGCCAGUGUCUUUAUCGUAAUUGUGAUGAAAUUGAUAUUUAGUGAUUAAUCACUGUCAACUUCAAAAAUCAGGAUAAUGUUCCCAUGAAAACUAACUUUAUAGUCUGACAUCUGACUGAUAGUCAUACUAUUCUUUGGCUCUUCAUUUUGCACUUCGCGUACAUAAUUAUAAUGUGUGCACCAAAGCCUAAAAUUUUAGAGCAGUUGGGAAAAGACGUAGGAAGGACAAAAUUUAUUCCUUUGGAACGGUAAAUAACCUAGACUAUGGCUUUCUGUCAAAGGUGCGUAAUUCAAGAAAACGUGUGCAUGUACACAUCUGUUUAAACGAUGUCCUUCCAGCAUAUGGCAAACAUUAGGAGAUGAGCUCUUAGUAAAAUGAUACGCCUGCAUCUUGAUUUAUCGGUUCUUGAUUGACUUGGUCAUUUGUUUUAUGUUGGAAAAUCAUUCUGCCCAAGAGAAUUACUUUCCCCCAGGGAAGAUCAAUGUUCAGAGCCAUUUUGCUGAAAGAAUACAAUUGAUAGCAUGGCUAUGCAUAUUAAGAUGUGCGGAGAAGCUUCUUUAUAAAAAACGAAAAGAGAAAGAACAAUUGAAACAAAAAGAGAAAGACAAUGAUCAGAGGAAAAGGGAUAGGUCUGAAAGUGGAGAUGAUACGGAUAACGAAUAUGACAGAAAGAAAGAACGUAGAAAAGGAAAGAAGGCUUCGACUUCACUUAGUGAUCAUAAGAUUGAUGACGAUGAAAACUUUGACGAAUAUCUUGAGGGAAUGUUUCCCUGAUCAGAUCUCUUUUACAUAAACCGAAGAAAAUAGUAGAAGCUGAAUUUCUGUUUUAAGUUAUUUAUAUAUGCUAGCACAUACUUGUAGUUUAAUGAGAAUUCAACAAGUUAUGUAGUUUGGAAUUUUUAGUAUUAAUUUUAUCCUCUGCAAAUUUAGAUAUUAGGAUGACGGUGUACAUACCUGUAGUUUAAUGGCGGUGGUGGUGGCGAUGGCAACGUAUAUCAUUAUUGAUAUGUGCUCCCGUCUUGGAUCAAAAGCACUGAUGAAUUCAUUAAUGGUUAUGGUACGAUGUUAUAAGAUUAUAUGAUACACGAAGGGUUUGUAAUUCUGUCUAUCAUUUAAAAUUUGAAUAUUAUGUUUAUAGGUUCA